AGUAACAUACAUUGCGCAUCUCCUUCUCUCUCCCUCUCUGUCAUCUCAGCUUCCUCUUCAUAUCUCUUCCUAGCUAAGCCUAGGGUUUCUCCAUUUCUCUGCUUGAAUUUCCUUCCAUGUUCUCCGGAUUUGUUUGCUUGAAUCCGUGUCAAUGUGCCCCUAUCUCUUAGCCUUUUCAGGGUUUGAAUGUCCCACUGGCAUGAAGAGCGCGCAUACUGCUCAGUCUUUAAAUUUUAUGUGACCAAAGGAUGGCUUGAACAUUGAAGGUCAACCUACUUGAUCAGCUGUGCUACACCAUAAUCAAGUUAUACGACUCACCUUGUAAUGGGCUCAUUCUCUGGAACUUGUGAAAUAGUUGAAGCGGAGGAAGAGCUAAACUCAGGUAAAUCUGCAAGGAUUUAUCAGAAAAAUUCCAAAUUUAGCUUGGGCGAGAAAAACCAGAAGCUUCCAAUGCUACAAUUGGGAUGCAAGGACAAUCUGGAGAAUGAUAUUAACAAACUUUUCGAAUCAGUUGCCCUUAAGACUUCAUGGAGGGAUUCAGGCCUUUUACAAGAUGGUACAAGCCCUAAGAUGAAAAAUACCUUAAAAAAGCCAAUAACAGUUGGUGUUCCUCGGUCUCCUCGAGUUGGUACUUCUGAGCCUGCAUCUCUGAAGCAAGCAUUAAGAGACCUAUGUAUAUCCAAGGCAUCAGAAAUGGCUGCUAUGAAGCGAUUGUCGAAGUCUACAAAUUCACCCAGGAUAUCUGAAGUUGGGAAGAUCAAGGCCUUGUACAAUACAGUUGUAGGUGAAGGCACUCAAGCUGGGCCAUCUUUUGUUGACAGUAAAGGCAGUGGAAUUGAAAUACCAGUAUCAUCUGAAGAGAGAAAAGCAGUCUCAUUGGACAAAAGGUGCCAGUCUCAUCAAGCUGCCAAUGCCUCUUCAUCCGGUGCUAGUGUUCAAUCGUCUUCAAAAACUGUAAUUGCAACUAAAGAAAAUGAUACAGCGUCCUCAUCAAUGGAAAUUGACUUGGCAAGUUCAUCAAGUAAAAGUGGGUUUCGGCCUCAGCAAUCAGGUUCUGUUCAAACAGGAAUAGAAACAUUUGCAAAUUCAUCUCUUUCUAAUACUGAUGGAAGCAAAGUAGAGUUGCCUGAAUGUGAUUCUGUGCCAAAAAAAGUAGGAAAUAAAGCAUCUGCGUCAAAGGUCGGGCGAAAAGUGAGGUUGCAAGCCGUUUCUUCCUCAUCGACAUCCUCUUCAGUAAGUGGAAAUAGGGUAAGACGGACCCACAGUGCCCCCCGCACAGUCAAAUCAGUCAUAAGGAACAAGAAUUUGAACAAGAAGAAACCGAAGCAGGAUCCUGGUUCUGCUCCAAAUGUUCUUACGUCAAAUGAAAUGAAUAAUAAAUUAGUACCUGGAACAGCUCCGCUGGUUUGUGAGAGAUGUCGGUGCACUUUAGAGAGUACAGGUAAAGAAAAGAGCCAAGAUAGUGGAGCACCAGGCUGUGCCAAUCCUGGAGAUGCAGUAAGGUCAAGUAAUGCACAUUACGGUGCAACCAAAUCUGCUCCCACAUCAACUAACUGUAAUAGAAGCAAAGCUGUAGCAAAAGUGAAAAAGAAUGCCAGGUUGAAAGAGCAACUGGAAUUUUCACAAAGCUCAAAGAGCAGUCAAGAGUGCAGUAGUGGUACAAGUACCAGUGAUGAGAGCAAUGUGAGCGGGGCUAGUUGUGGCAAUAGGCCUCACAUGUCAAAGGAUGUUAGGUGGGCAGCCAUUCGUCAAGCUCACAUGCAGGAUGGAGUCUUGGGCUUGAGGCAGUUCAAUCUUUUGAAGAAACUUGGUUGUGGAGACAUUGGAACUGUAUAUCUUGCUGAACUAAUCGGCACAAAUUGCUUAUUUGCCAUCAAGGUCAUGGACAAUGAAUUUUUGGCAAGAAGGAAGAAGAUUUCCAGGGCUCAAACUGAAAGGGACAUAUUAAGGAUUCUUGAUCAUCCUUUUCUACCCACACUCUAUGCUCAAUUCACAUCAGAUAACUUGUCUUGUCUGGUCAUGGAAUAUUGUCCAGGUGGAGAUCUUCAUGUUCUGCGGCAGAAGCAGCCUGGUAGAAGUUUUACUGAGCCAGCAGCCAGGUUUUAUGUUGCUGAGGUCCUUCUUGCAUUAGAGUACUUGCACAUGCUUGGAAUUGUUUACCGGGAUUUGAAACCUGAAAACAUUCUUGUUCGAGAAGAUGGACACAUAAUGCUUACAGAUUUUGACCUGUCACUGAGGUGUGAUGUCAGCCCAACGCUUCUGAAAUCAUCUUUUGAUGCUGAUCCAGCAAGGAUUUCUGGUCCUUGUGCCCGAUCUAGUUGCAUUGAGCCAUUCUGCAUUGAACCAUCCUGUCAAGUUUCAUGCUUCAGCCCUAGAUUCUUACCUGCUGCUGCAAAAACAAGGAAAUUAAAAGCCGAUCUGGCUGCACAGAUCAGAUCCUUGCCACAGCUUGUGGCUGAACCUACUGACGCAAGAUCAAAUUCUUUUGUCGGUACCCAUGAAUACCUGGCACCUGAGAUCAUCAAAGGAGAUGGGCAUGGUGCUGCAGUUGAUUGGUGGACCUUUGGCGUUUUUCUUUAUGAACUUUUAUAUGGCAGAACACCCUUUAAAGGUUCUAAUAACGAAGAAACAUUAGCGAAUGUGGUGUUGCAGAAUCUCAGAUUUCCUGACAGUCCAUUUGUGAGUUUCCAAGCCAGGGAUCUCAUAAGAGGGUUGCUGGUUAAAGAACCUGAAAACCGUUUGGGUUCAGAGAAAGGAGCUGCUGAGAUUAAACAGCAUCCCUUUUUCGAGGGCCUUAAUUGGGCAUUAAUUCGAUGUGCUCCCCCACCAGAGCUUCCGGAGUUUUGUGAUUUUGGAGUUCCAGACAUCACCUCACAGGGCAAGUAUUUUGAGUGUAAAGCAACAGGAGAACAUGUGGAAUUUGAGUUGUUCUGAAGAGAAGACUCUUCGGUGAUUGUGGCAUUCUUGAUAUGGUUUCUCUUGUUCCUGGCCUCAUGUAUCGAGAUGUCACUGAUAUGUAAGCCUGUGUUGUAUAUUAGUUUUGAUUAUGUCACGGCGUAGUAUGUCUUUUUAAGGCA